AUGUCGACCUCACUUGAAGCGAGCAAAGUAUUCCUCCUCUCGCUGCCCCAAGAGCUGACGCAAAUCCGCGAGAAACUUCAAGAGCAAGAGCGCGAGCUCAAACAAAUUGUCGAAAACCUAUCGCUGAAUACUUCCCUGAACAACUCAAGUCCUAAUCUAUCGAAGAAUGAAAUUUCUCUCAUCAAGGAAAAAUCCGAAAACUGCCGCGUGGUUGACAUUGGUGCCCCCAAACUGCGCCCAAUGAAGAAGCCAGAAGACAUCAAGAUAUCCCCCAAGAAGAAGAUCAAUUCUCAAAGUACACAAAAGCCGAAGAUGUAUGAAACAUCAACAAAGUCGCAUCCCGCCCCACCUCCUCCAUCCUCAGUAAUGCGUGAGAACUCAGUGAAGAAAUACUCAAUUAAAAAGCGAAAUGACGGAGGAGUCUAUGUCGAAACCAAAUAUCUGCACAAUAACGGGUCCAGCGGAUCCAACGAAAACUCGCCCCGAAACUUCCGUCCUCCCAAUCGCGUACCUUCUUCGAAACUGUCGCAAGGCCAAGUGCAAAAAGAAGAUAUCACCGAGCGAAAAUGCCCCGUGUGCUCUUACUACUUCCCAAACCUAUCUGUUCAAGAGUUUCAAGAGCACGUUGAAACUCACUUCGAAGAUGAUCCCACCGAUUUCUUCGAGUUGACACAUGUUGAAUGA